UCCGCUUCAACCUUCGGACUUAAUUGGACCUGUGUCAUUUUCGUGAUGUUCCUUGCACGCACAUUCCAGCAUGGGUGGACACGCCGGUCCAUGUCCACAUCAACCGGCGGCGGGUUCCACUUCCCAUCGCCGCGAUCUCUGCAGUCCCUCGUGAAGCUUGAUGACUUGCAGCAGGAAACUCCAGACGCGAUUCGACGCAUUUGGGGCGAGUACCAUGACGCCAAGUCCGACGCGCUGGCCACGGUCCUGACUGCUGCAGAACUGGAGACGCUGAUCGCGCGGGGCAAGAAAUGCUCAUUCUUCGUCUUCCCAGUAUAUCGCGUCAACUCGGAGACGAAGGAAGAAGGGUUCUUCACCAUGCUGUCCCAGUUCCAAGACAAGUGCUUCCUCCUCACCACGUUGGAUGCUUACCGCGAAAACCCAGCCCAAGCGCCGCCGUGUCUUACGGUAUCCCUCUUCGACGACCUCGUGCCGUCGAAGGAACUUGCGCUUGUGCGUGGCGACGUGGCCAACGUGCUCGACAAGCCAGAAGCGUCCGUCCUCUUGGACGCCGUUCUCGCGCGUUACGUCGACGACGACCUGUUCUCGACGGUCGAAGCGUUCAAUCUGAAGCCACACGAGUUUAACUUUGACGCGUACUUGGCAGAGUGUAAGAAGAAGCGCGAUGACUCUCGAGAGUAGAUAUACGUGUUAACUUGAAUAAAUCAACAACGGGUGCGGGGCACAAUACUGCGCGGCAAACAAUC